UAAGUUCAUGACUGACACGACAACAGACUAGCAGCAGCGAUCUUUGUUUCAAAUCAUCUGGAGCGAGUACAAACCACUAUAUUCGAGUAGUAGUAGACAGCUUUUUCUCUGGUCUAUUUGGCCAAUGAAAUAAUCUUACCUAUCCUUGUUCUCUUAAUGGAAACACAGGUACAAGUGAACAUGGCACACAAUGAAUUCAAAGAGGAGCGAACCAAAGAACUGGUGGCGGAGAUCACAGAGGAACAAUUUCUCAAAGAUCUCUACCUUUUUAUGAAGAAGAGAGAAACACCAAUAGAAAGGAUCCCACAUCUGGGCUUCAAACAAAUUGAUUUAUUUGUCAUGUUCAAAACUGUCAAUGACUUGGGCGGCUACCACCAGGUGACUGCUCAGCAACUGUGGAAACAGGUUUACAAUACACUUGGUGGAAACCCUCGAAGUACAAGUGCAGCCACCUGCACCCGCAGACACUACGAGAAGCUGCUGCUGCCCUAUGAAUGCCACGUGAAAGGCAUUUCCAUCAGGUCCAUGCUGCCUCAUCAUCAGCCAAAGCCAUUCCACUUUGUUGCCGGCUACAGUGAAGAAGAAGAAGACGAUGGUGUCCAGAGACCAGCGAAACGUAGGCUGGUAUCCGUACCAGUGUAUCAGCAGAACCCUCAUAACCUCCAGACAGACCAACACGGAAAUCUCUUCCCUCUGUCUGUCCACUACCCUCCCUACUAUCAGUCAAGCCCCACAGUUCUGCCUCCCUACAUCCCUAUGCCCCCCUCAAUAUUGGCCACACAACACCCCCCUGCUCCCAAGCCCCAAUUCUCUUACAGUCAACCUUGUGUAAACUCAACAGAGAGGGUGAAGGAACCAUUAGAGCACUUGCGUUACCUGGCUGAGCGGUACAAGACCUCAUCCGGACUGGCUGAGCCCCUGAACCUCAGCGUUAAAUCAUCAGCCCGGGACAUCAGCAACAACCCUGUUUCAUCAUUUGCUCCACCCUCAGCCAGCAAGAACCCAAAGUUUUUGAACAAACCAUCCACACUAUAUGCCCAUCAUCAUACUGGGGCCCCGACAAAUGAAGGCUCUGAGACACAAGAUGGGGAGUCAAGUGAUGGAGUUGCACCCUCUCCUUAUACCAUGAAAGCACAGGAGGAACAAGUUAUUGAUGUCGAUAUUACGGCACCCUCAAGCAGCCCCAUAUAUGACUCUGCUCUGCCACUGGGAACAGAGGCUGCUGCAGUGGCACAAAAACCCUGUUCUCCAAACACAGACCUUGCACUCACGCCAAAAGAAGAGACAAAAGUGAUUCCAGAAGUGAUGGGGCUCAAUCUUAGCCAAAUACUGUCCAGUCUCCCUCAAGAGAAGGAUGGCAAAAUGGAAAUUGAGUUACCCCUGUCAGUGUUUCAUAAAUUGCUCAAGAUGUGCAAGUCCUCAGCAAUGAUGCAUGAAAGUAAGGUUCCUCAGCCUACUCAGGAAGGACACCCUGCAGAAAGGAAUUGGCCUAACGCAAACACUUUCCCUACCAACCUGACAUUUCACACAAAUCCCCAACGCCAGAGUUGUGCUGACGAUCUAACAUUCAGAAAUGUGCCAAACCUCAGUCACAACAAUAAAAUCCAAAACCAAUUCAUGAGUUACAAGCCUUUGCCUUCAGGUGCCAUUUUGAAAAAUGCAGUAAACCAGGAUGUCUUGUCAGUUGAUCAGCAGGAUAUUAAUAAGUCAUACAACUCCAAGUCACCCAAUUUCUGGGGUGCCCAUAAGAGAGAGACCCAGUCAUCCAUUGAAGUGGAGAGCGACCCUAGUCCCCCCAGGACUCAGCCAGACUUUGCUUAUAAAUUCUACGCAGGUGUCCAGGGAGGGAAGCAGCAGGCAGAGACGGAGCCUUCAGCUAUGCUCAUGGUCAAUUCCAGCUCUGCUCCUCUCUUUCAGCUCACCACUGAAGAAGUCAUGAAGCUGAAAAAAAUCAUCUCAAACUCAUUGUAGAGACCAGUUAAGACAAUACCACAAACACACCAACACCAUGUUAAAGCUGGCUAAUGCUCAUAUUAUAGCUCUAUAUUUUGAAUAUACUUCAGGUUAAUUUCCAAUCAAUUUGUAUCAGCUGAACACAAAAAAGGAAUACAAGCAACAAUUCAAAUCUGCUUGAUUUAAAGAUAAUCUGCACUAUUUUUGUUCUGCACUGAAAUGUUGAUUGCAUUUAACACUUCAGUCGCAUUGUUGUGCAAUCUUGUUUAAAGCACAUGAAGUAGAUUAUUUUUUCUAUUUGUUAAUAGUUGGGUUUUUUACACCAGUUAUAUUGUGAAAUUAAUCUGUUGAAACAAUAAA